ACGUGUGACGUCAUCAGGAAGUUGGCUCGGUAACAAAAUGGCGGAGGCUGCUGUUGAAAGUCCUGUGGUUUCUCAGAGAUUCUAUUGUCACCAAUGUAGUUCAGAAAUUUCACCCAAACUUCCCGAUUUGGUGUGUCCGACAUGCGAUGGUGGCUUUGUUGAACAGAUGGCAGAUGAGCCAGAACAGAUUUCACUUCCAUCAUCAAUAGAUCUUGAUCCUGCUGCACAAUUCACAGAGCUCUGGCGUCGAGCAUUCUUUGAAUCUUUCAGACAAAAUGCAAUGCCGCGAGAUGACAGCUCAGAUUCCACAUCACUAGAAUCCAGUUCAAAUCCCACUAACAGUUCCGAAAGCCAAUUACCCUAUCAAACAAUUACCAUCCCCUCAGGAACGCGGAUAUCCAUCCGUAGUCGAGGUCAAGGGAGCGGGGGAGUCCAAGCCAGAAAUCCGUAUGUUGAAGGAAUCAUUUCAUAUGCAAGAAAUAUAUAUCCAGUGAGGCUUGUAAACUAUUUUUUGUCACGACUGGGUGGAGAGCACACCGGGGCACCUAUAAAUAUGUUACAGCUCCAUGCAAAUCCAGGUGAUUAUGCAUGGGGUACCGGUGGGUUAGAUACUAUUAUUACACAGUUACUGAAUCAGUUGGAAGGAGCAGGAGCUCCACCGGCAGACAGAGAAAAAAUAGAAAGUUUACCUAAAGUGAAGAUUACUGAACGUCAAGUCGUUCUAGUGCUGCAGUGUUCCGUGUGUAUGGAAGAUUUUAAACUUGACGAGGAAGUGAGAAAGCUACCGUGUGAUCACCACUAUCAUAAGGAGUGUAUCGAGAAGUGGUUAGAGUUGCACGGCACUUGCCCUGUGUGUCGGAAAGACUUGAACGGAGAGGAUGCAUAUGUGAAGGACCACGAAUCGGAGGAUGAGUUUAGAUACCUGGACAGUGACCAUUCCUCUAAUUCAGAUUCCGAGAGCGUCCACGUCGAACACACUAACUAACCGUCGUGGAACAUGGUUGGGAAACAUAAAAAAAACUAAAAUAAAAGAGAAGCUGUUUAAUCAGCAGGAGAAAAUCUAUAAACAAUAUGGAGGUGUAUGUUCUCCAAUUCAUGUCAGCGAUGGUGUGGUCGAGUGGCGAUAUAUAUAUAUAUAUGUCGCUGGUUACAAACAUUGAUUAUAAUGUGCCACAUGAUGUGUCGUCCACAUUGCAUACACACAUUCGCCAGGUUUGAAACUAUAACCCAUUGCUGCUUUGUUAGUGUGAAGCUUUCUAGUGACUAAAAGUGUUUUGAUUCACUCACAGUCGUGGGAGAUAACUGUGAUGUAAAAUAGCUCUUCAGUUGACUAACAAGUGAUUUGUUUUAUCUUACACUGAAUUGUCUUGUGUUAGCAACAGUGGAAAUGGGUCCCUCAGAACAUUGAAAAAUAUAUAUAUGUACUCAUGGAGUGACACAUUUGGAUAAAGAAUUUUAACAAUAUUUAGCAGGUGUUUUGGGGGUGAGGGUUAAAAGUAGCUGGGGCUAAAAGGUGGAUAAACUAAUUGAAAGUAUUUUUUCUAAAGUUCCUCCCACCACCCCACCCCCACUCCAAACCCUGACAAAUGUUUGUAAAAGAAAAUAUUUUAUUGCACUGAAUAAUUUAUAAAGUAUUGUCAAUAUUAUAUGCAAUACCUUUAAGAACAUUUAGUUCAGUAAAACCUACAUAAUGUUCAUAUUUUGUAAUCCAAUAUAACUAUGUUGUUCAUAAAUGUAAGAAUUCGACAUAUUGGAUUUUCUGUGUUAAUUUCCACCACAAGGGUGCUUUUGGAGGAAAUCCACACAAGACCAGAUGUAAAAUAAUGCGACUUUGAUUCAGUCCAUCCCUAUGAGCUUUAUAAGCAUUAAAAUGUAGGGUUAGUUGAUGACCUGAGUGUUCAGUGGCUGGAUCAGUUGGCUUUGGUUCCAAAGGCUUGGUGUUCAAAUCUCGACCUUUGCACUACAUCGUUCGUAUUGUUUAAUGCGACAUUGAGUUAGUAAUGUAAAUUCAGUUGAGUGGGUGGAACUCUUUCCAGUUUAACCUUGUGGAUGGAACUCUUUCCAGUUUAACCUUGUGGAUGGAACUCUUUCCAGUUGUAAAGGGACAUACCAUAGGUUUUAAACACUAAGGCAUAUAUUUCACUAUUGGAACCGUUUAUGAUCACUGAAAUCAAAUAUUACUUAGAUUUUAUUGUUUAGAUAUCCAUUUCCAUAUAACCGAAGUGUUUCUUGUCGUCUU